AUGUUGUUUUUCCUACAUCUAGUACUUUGGACGCUACCAAUGGUAUUCCAAAUGCUUACAGAAAAAGAAACCUUCAAGUGUUCAUCAAACCACAACUGCACAUGUUAUAAACAUGAAGACUCUGGAAUCCUCUUUGCAGACUGUUCAAACCUGAAUCUCCAAUCUGCGCCAUUAUUCAAUGAUGAGGUAACCGGGAUAAUUCUCAAACAUAACAACAUUUCAGAAUUCCCACCAUAUCUUCCGCGGGAUAUUCGUUACCUUGAUAUAUCUAAGAACGCUAUAGGAACCUUAAAAGAAACAUCGUUAUCAAACUACAAGGCCUUACAAAAUAUAAGUCUUGCCGCUAAUGCUCUUCAUUCCAUUGAAAAAGGGUCUUUUUUAGAUUCAAGAUAUCUUACUCAUCUGGACGCUUCUAAUAAUCAGGAACUGACUCUUGAAGUUUUGGUUAAUAUUUCACAUGACCUUAGUUACUCAACGGCAAUCCGUGUUCUAAAUUUAGAAGGUAUUCAGUGUACUUAUGGAGUGAGUUUUAUUAUUCGGAAAUACCACAUUGCGGAUUUAAAGACCACUCAACUGGAGCAUCUAAACUUAGCUUCCAACCGUAUAAACAGCUUGGAAUUUGGAGUUUUCUCAAUAUUGCCAAAAUCCCUGAAACACCUUAAUAUAGCUAAUAAUGUUCUGAGUUUUGGAUUAUAUAUUAUAGAAUUUGGGAGUUUGCAUAGUUUAAUCAGUCUGAAUGCUAGUUUUCAAUCCUAUUUCCACCAAAUUAACUUAAAUAAUUUUUUAACUGCGUGUAAUGAUUCACAUAUAUCACAGAUAAGUAGUUCUGACAGAUUACGCUACGCUGUUACGGAUUUAAACAAGCCAAAAAUAACUAAUGUCUCCUCCACUCUCCGUCUAUACAUUCCGCCUAACUUAGAAGUUUUUUAUUUUCAUGAUAAUAUGUAUAAAAUGACUCUUGAACAAUUCGCCUUCACAUCAAUGGGUCCAUCAAAAAUGACGCAUCUGUAUUUACAAAACAGCAUCAUUUAUAAGUUAAAUGGCCCAAUUGUGGGCGCAAACACUGUCCGAUAUCUAGAUUUAUCAAACAAUUUCUGCAAUUUCAUCUCUGAUUAUUUUUUUGACGGCCUUAAAAAUCUGUCUUUCCUUGAUUUAUCCCAGAAUGUAUUAGGAAAAGUUUUAGAAGAUGACAACAAUGGGAACAUUUUUCGAAAUCUUGUCAAUUUGACAAUUUUGAACUUAAGAAGCAACCGAAUUUUUCGACUGCCUCCAGCCAUUUUCCGUAAUCUCAAUCAACUUAAAACAAUUGACAUAAGUGACAACACUCUACGUGAGUUUUCUAUACCACUGGAAAACAUGAAACGUCUUAAGCGACUAAACCUUUUUAAUAAUCAGUUAUCAUUCUUGAAUAAAGAAACGCGGAAUGCAAUUGAUUCUUUGUCACGAAAGAAAAAAAUAUACCUGAAUGUAACAGGUAAUAGGUUUACAUGUGUUUGUGAACAAUUGGAAUUCUUAAGAUGGAUGGCUCAAUCUAAACAUGUGAAGUUUAUGCAAUUUGAUGAUUACCUCUGUACCUUUAGGAAUUCUUUUAAAGCUAAUUUUUCAGAUAUUGACAAUUUGGUUCAAGUUAUGGAGAAACAUUGCGCCUCCUACAUGGUUACUAUAGUGAUAAUGACGUCAUUGAUAUUUAUAACCUUGACAACAACAUUUGGUCGCAUUUUGUAUAGAUAUAGGUGGAAACUAAGGUAUAUGUACUACGUAGCAAGGGAGAAAUAUCGAGAUAAUGUUCAAAGACCAGACAACACAGGCAACAGUUCGUAUUAUUUUGAUGCCUUUGUGUCAUAUGCCGACGAUGAUAGGCGUUUUGUGAUCGAACUCGUGAAACGGCUGGAAGGAAAUCAUAAUCUGAAUCUUUGUAUACAUCAUCGUGACUUUAUUCCUGGGACAGGUAUUGCUGAUAACAUCACUAACGCCAUUCAUAACAGCAGACGAACUGUGGCUAUUAUGACGUCACACUUCUUGGAUUCCUAUUGGUGCAUGUUCGAGCUAAAUAUGGGACGUAUGGAGGCAAUUUAUUCUCGAAACGGUGAAAAUGUUCUCAUUUUAGUUGUUUUAGAAAAACUGGCCAUUGCGAAGCUUCCAUUUUCUUUUAUGGAUCUUACUGAAAGCAGGUCAUAUCUAGAGUUUCCAGAAAACGGAGAUGACGACGACGAAGUUUCAGCCUUCCACUCAAAACUUGUUGCAACAUUGAAGUGCCGUGAAUGCGACUUCAUAACUUUAUCUUCAAAUACAUCUGCAUGAAAUGCAAACGUUUGCAAUCUUGUUUCUCUUCAGGAAAAGUUUCCAUGCUGAAAUAACAUUGCAUUUCUUAUAUCUACACCAAAACCGGAAUAAAACAAACAAAUAUGACUUUACAAUAAACGACAUUAGUUUUAAUGGGCAAUAAGAUAAACAAACUUUUUUUCUACUUAUAGAGAAUUUCUUAAAUAAUAAAUUUUAUUGUUGUUAAUA